GACUUCCUGUGGUUGCAGAAUCAGGGAACACACACACGCACACGGGCAGGGGAAGCUGCUGAGAGACUGGGCGAGUGUGCGCCGAUGUAACGGAGCUCGCAGCCACCCAGCUGCCGCUGUGAAUGCGUUUUGUUUAUGAAUGCUUUACUAGGUCCGUCGCCUGUUCCCUCCCCACUCGGCGAGGCAGCGGCUACUACAAGCCUGACUGGCCGCAGAUAGCGUCUGUGGAGCCGGCCAUGGCUGAGAUAUAGCCGGGCCCAGAGGAUUCUAUUUGCAACUGGGAAAUGCAUUGUUGAUUUCUGAGAUCGCAUCGCAGAAGAGAGGAACCUCCGCAGCAGCUGGUAGUCGAUAUUUUGUUGCAAUCCCGGAAACCUAGCUCGUGUAGCCUACAGGCCAAACGGAAUUUAGCGAAUUUAGCCAGGUUAUUCUAUCUGGAGUUUGGAUGUUUCGUUUCAGAUGACCAAGAUAUGGCUGUUCUUAAACUCGUUGAUCAGCCUCCUCUUGUCCAGGCCAUCUUCAAUGGAGACCCCGAGGAGAUACGCAUGCUCAUCUACAAGUCAGAGGACAUCAAUGCUCUGGAUGCGGAGAAGCGAACGCCCCUCCACGCGGCGGCUUUCGUUGGCGAUGCAGAGAUCACAGAGCUGCUCAUCCUGUCGGGAGCACGGGUCAAUGCCAAAGACAACAUGUGGCUCACUCCUCUCCACAGGGCUGUGGCAUCCCGUAGUGAGGAGGCCGUGCGGGUGUUGAUCCGCCACUCGGCCGACGUGAACGCUCGUGACAAGAACUGGCAGACGCCGCUGCACGUGGCGGCGGCCAACAAGGCACUGCGCUGCGCCGAGAUCAUCAUCCCGCUGCUCAGCAGCGUCAACGUGUCGGACCGCGGCGGACGCACCGCCCUGCACCACGCCGCGCUCAACGGGCACACAGAGAUGGUCAAUCUGCUGCUUGCCAAAGGAGCCAACAUAAACGCCUUCGACAAGAAAGACGGCCGGGCUCUCCACUGGGCAGCGUAUAAGGGUCACCUGGAAGUGGUGUGUCUGCUGGAGAGUCAGGGUGCGGAGGUGAGCUGCAAGGACAAGCGUGGCUACACCCCGCUGCACGCCGCCGCCUCCAACGGCCAGAUCGCUGUGGUCAAGCACCUGCUCAACCUGUCUGUGGAGAUCGACGAGGCCAAUGCCUUUGGCAACACGGCGCUGCACGUGGCCUGCUUCAACGGCCAGGACGCGGUGGUGAGCGAGCUGAUCGACUACGGGGCCAACGUCAGCCAGCCCAACAACAAGGGCUUCACGCCGCUGCACUUCGCCGCCGCCUCCACGCACGGGGCCCUCUGCCUGGAGUUCCUCGUCAACAACGGGGCUGACGUCAACGUUCAGAGUCGUGAUGGCAAGAGUCCACUGCACAUGACAGCUGUUCAUGGGCGAUUCACACGCUCACAGACCCUCAUCCAAAACGGUGGAGAGAUCGACUGCAUGGACAAGGAUGGGAACACCCCACUGCACAUAGCAGCUCGCUUUGGCCACGAACUCCUAAUCAACACACUCAUCACCAGUGGAGCUGACUGCACAAGGCGCGGGGUGCACGGAAUGUUCCCUCUGCACUUGGCGGCACUGAACGCCCAUGCUGACUGCUGCCGGAAGCUUCUAUCCUCAGGGCGGCGCUAUACUAUAAUGUGCCCCCUCAGUAAUGACUCGGUCCUGUCUGCAGGCUUCCAGAUAGACACCCCCGACAGCCUGGGCAGGACCUGUCUGCACGCCGCCGCCGCAGGGGGAAAUGUUGAUUGUGUGAAACUGCUCCUCAGUGGAUCUAGUGGAGCUGACCACAACAGGAGAGAUAACUGUGGCAGGACCCCUCUCCACUAUGCGGCUGCCAAUCGUCACUUCCAGUGCCUGGAGACCCUGGUGGCCUGUGGUACUUGCAUUAACGCCACUGACCAGUGGGGGCGCUCUGCUCUGCACUACGCUGCUGCCUCUGACCUGGACAGGAGGCGACGAGUGGUGAUAGACCCAGAGAGUGAAGGAGUCCAAGCAGACAGAGAGAAAGAGGCUGCACUGUGCCUAGAGUUUCUGCUUCAGAGCGGCGCCACGGCCUCGCUAAAGGACAAGCAGGGCUACAACCCAGUGCACUACGCCGCUGCCUACGGACACAGGAACUGCCUCAAACUGCUGCUGGAUCGCGAUGAGAAUCAUGAGGAAGAGACAGAGGCCUCAGUCACCAAGAGCCCCCUGCACCUGGCGGCCUACCAUGGGCAUGCGCAGGCCCUGGAGGUGCUGCUGGAGCGUCCAUGUGAGGUGGACCAGAGGAACGAGCUGGGCCGGACCCCGCUGGCCCUGGCGGCCCUCAGGGGCCACACCGACUGCGCCCUCACGCUGCUCAGCCACGGGGCCUCGCCACGCACCACCGACGAGCCCCGCGCACGCACGCCCAUACACCUACCAGUGAUGAAUGGGCACACGUCGUGCGUGCGCCUCCUGCUGGAGGACUCUGAUAAUGCAGAUCUGGUGGACGCCACAGACUCUCAGGGACAGACUCCUUUGAUGCUGGCGGUGGCGGGGGGUCAUGUGGACGCUGUGACUCUGCUGCUGGAGAGGGAGGCCAGUGUGGACCUGACUGACAACCAGGGCCUCACCGCACUACACCUCGGGCUGCUGAGCGGCCAGGAGGAGUGUGUGCAGUGCCUGUUGGAGCAGGAGGCCUCAGUGCUGAUCGGGGACAGCAGGGGGCGCACUGCCCUGCACCUGGCGGCCGCGCGGGGCCACGCCUCCUGGCUCAGCGAGCUGCUCAGCAUCGCCUGUGCCGAGCCGCCCCUCCCAGAGCCCGCAGCCUUCAGGGACCAGCACGGAUACACGCCCCUGCACUGGGCCUGCUACAACGGCCAUGAGGGGUGUGUGGAGGUAUUGCUGGAGCAGAAAGGCUUUCAGAGUUUUGAUGGCAACCCCUUCACGGCUCUGCACUGUGCUGUGUUAAAUGACCAUGAGCCGUGUGCUACUCUGCUCCUGGAGGCUCUGGGCUCAGACAUUGUCAACUGCCAGGAUGCCAAGGGCCGGACGGCUCUCCAUGCGGCGGCGUUUGCGGGGCGCGUGGACUGUGUCCAGCUCCUCCUGGCCCACGAUGCACCUGUGGACGUGGUGGACCAAUCAGGACACAGCGCGCUGAUGAUGGCGGCGGAGAGGGGCAGGGUUGGUGCCGUAGAAGCUCUGCUGACCAGUGUAAAAGCCAAUCUCAGCGUAUCAGACCAGAAUGGAAACACAGCUAUUCACCUGGCCUGCAUUAAAGGCAGGGAGGAGUGUGCUCUGUUCAUCCUGGAGAAGAUCACAGACCCCGAUCUCAUCAGCGCCACUAAUGCGGCCCGGCAGACGCCCCUGCACCUGGCGGCCAAGAGCGGGCUGAAGAAGGUGGUGCAGGCCCUGUUGUCUCGGGGGGCCAAUGUGGAGGUGAUGGACGAGAACGGUCACACUCCUGCUCUGGCUUGCGCUCCCAGCAGGGAGGUAGCCGACUGCCUGGCUCUGAUUCUGGCUACCAUGAUGCCUUUCUGCUCCCCUUGUAGCUCCGGCGCGCCCUCCCCAGGUGCCCUGCUGAGGAUGCUGCCGCUGCCACCGCUGCAAGCCAACGCCACCACCAAAGCAGGCCACAACGGGGUGCUGCCACCCUCGUCACAGCAGCGCAGCCCUCGCAACCGCUCGGCCGGACCCUCCAGCAGCGGGGGCACCACGGAGAACGACUCCGACUCGGAAACCUUUUGACCUCCGGACAGAUAACCCACAUGCACCUCCUUUGCCUCCUUACCCAGUCCACACCAACCCACCCACAGAGUCCCCACCCACCCCCAGAGUCCCACACUGCGAUUCUGUCUCAGAAACCUUCUGACCUCCGGAUAACUCACGUCGCACCCCCCCCCCUCUGGACCCCAACCCCCUUGGUCCCUCGCUGCAACCAGAUGAGGGGCAUCAAAGUCUCGUCCGUGUCCAAAAUGCUCUCGCUCACUAUAUAGAGUGCAACAGGUUUGUUUUGUUUCCUACGUAGUGCACGAUAUCGUGACCAAGCAGACAUUUUGGAUCCCCCCGUCCCUCAUAGCAACCAGCCCAGACACCUUGCCUUCACCUGUGUGUGUGUGUGUGUGUACAUGCGUGUGUGUGUGUGUGUGUGUGUGUGUGUGUGGUUCUCAUGUCAUGUUGCUCCUUCAUGUUUUUGAGUGUACAGGAAGAUGUUAUUGUUUGAUUUCAUUUUUUAUUUUUAAUAGGUCUGUCAGAUGUUAACAAAACACCUGAUUAGACUAGGCACGGUACAUUUAGAUUUGUUAAACUUUUGUUUUUUAAUCUACGUAGUCUGAAGUAGAGGAGGAGUUUUAGACAUACAAUGAGUUAAUUUACCAAAAAAAGUGACGUUUGCCAAGACA